AUGAAAGAAAUGAACAAGGUGCCGUUAGAGGUUGCCAAGCAUCCGGUGGGUCUGGAUGUAGCUGUGCAUAAAUUUGACACAACUGCAAUUCAAUCUGGUGACUCUAUCCAACUUGUAGGGAGAGGGCUGUUGGUUGAGAAACAGAAAAAGCUUCUGGAAGACCUUGAUGUGAAAGGCGUAACCUUUGACAAUAUACACGAAGGCAAAGGGAUUCUUAAAAGCCGUUCGAGAUCUAUAUCUGUCCUUAUAGUUUUAGAUGACGUGGAUCGUGCAGACCAACUCGAUGCUUUAUUGCCAGCAAGGGAGACUCUUGGCCAUGGAAGUUUGAUUGUUGUUACCACACGUGAGUUGGAUGUUCUUAAAUCAUGGCGCAUCUCUGCCGUUUAUGAAAUGAAAGAUCUCAAUCCCAUUCAUGCCAAGCAGCUCUUUUGUUGGCAUGCAUUCUUACAAUCCUAUCCACUGCCGGGAUUCGAGGAUCUCGUUGAGCAGUUCUUAUACGCUUGUAAUCAGCUGCCUUUGUCACUCGAGGUCUUAGGGGCACAGCUCUAUGACAAAUCUGACAAAGAUUACUGGCAGUGUGUAUUAGAUAAAUUGUCCAGAAUAUUGCCCAGGGACAUCAAUGAGCGGCUCCAAGUCAGCUAUGAUGCACUUGAUGAAGAAGAUAAAGAGAUGUUCUUGGAUACAGCUUGUUUCUUCAUUGGGCAGAGGAAAAGUGUGGCCAUUACUAUAUGGGACGGAUCAGGAUGGAGUGGAAAGCUCUGUUGGGAAAGGCUUUUCAACAAGUGCCUUGUUAAGGAAGCAGUACAAAUCCGAGGAAUGGCAAAUGCAUUUGGCGACAACUGUUAUCCCCGGCAAGGGAGGAUCAUAAUACACACAAAACAAGGAUCGCGUAGCCUCGUGCCCUGCUCGAUUGGAUUGAAGAUUUUUGUUGGUGAUGGAGAUUUUAUUAACCAGCAAUAUAGCGAUCUAUCAAGAGAACUGAUCUGGCUUCAGUGUAAAGGAUUUAUGCACACAAAUCUUCCAUCGUGGCUUUCAUUGGAAAAAUUAAGAAGUUUAGUACUUGUUAACCCUCAAAGCAUAAAAGAUUUGUGGCAACGUGAUGCGGAUGCUCCUUUGCAGUUAAGAGAGUUGGUUAUUGGGGCAGAUUAUCCAAGCAUCAUCAGUUUGCGAGGAUUUCCAUCAUCAAUAUCAUGUCUCAAGAAUUUGAAAAAGAUUUCAAUAGGUCAGAAUUAUGUUAAUUGGAAUACAUUAAGCAGCCUCCCAACAGAAUUUUGUGAUCUCCAAUCGCUGGAGCACCUGGAGAUAAAAUGGUGUAGAAAUUUGUCAUCCUUGCCAACUAACUUUGGCGAGUUGACAAAUCUGCAACACCUAAAUUUGAAUCACUGCAUCAAUUUGAAGUUUUUGCCAGAUUCUUGUAAGAAACUGACACUACUGGAAUCUCUCUGUUUAAAGAACUGUAAAGAACUCACCAUCAAGCCGGCGUUACACAUUUUGGAAAACAUGACAAAGCUCAGGUAUCUGGAUCUUGACGGAUGCAGGAGAUUGGAAGAGUUGCGCCUUCCAGAAGUGUCAGGAGUGCAGUGUUUGCCAAAAGCAUUUAUCCAUCUUCAAAGUUUGACUAUAGUUUUCAACCCAGUCAAUGAGUUGAGUUUUGGGUCAGGGUGCAUGCUCGAAAGGAUAGAUCUUUCAGGAACGAAGGUGUCCAAGAUUUCAAUUUCUAAAGAUUGUUGUCCUGUCCUUGAGACUCUUCAUCUUGCUUUUAACGAGGAUUUGAGGGAAUUGGAAACCCUGCCAACAACAUUGAAGACCAUAAAUGUUAACUAUUGUAAAGUCCUGAAGGAUAUAAGAGGUGUCUGUGGCCUGAAAAACCUUCAGAAUCUGCAGAUAUACAGCUGUGCAGAGUUGGACGGACUUCCAUGUUUUGCAGAAUUAGUGUCUCUAGAAUUGUUUAAGUUGAAAGGUAGCAGAGAAGUCAAGAAAAUAGCAGGUCUACAAGAGUUGAGAUCAUUACGGGAGCUGAGCAUAGAGUUAGAUGAGCUUCCAAUUUUCAGAGAGUUGACUUCUCUAAAAAGCUUUGAAUUGGAAAACUGCAACAAAUUGGAGAAGAUAGAAAGUUUAAAACCUUUGAGAUCACUGGAGAAUCUCAAGAUAAGUGAUUGCCGAGAGUUGGAGGCUCUUCCAAGUCUUACAGAAAUCAUUACUCUAAAAGAAUUUAAAUUGGUAAAAUGCCACAAAUUGAAGAAGAUAGAAGGUUUAGAAUGUCCAAGAUCAUUGGAGAUGCUCAAGAUAGAUGACUGUCCAGAAUUAGAAGGGCUUCCAAAUCUUGCAAAAUCAACUUCUUUAGAGGAAUUUGAAUUGCAGAAGUGCCACAAAUUGGAGAAGAUUGAAGGCUUAGAAAGUUUGAGAGCACUGAAAACCCUGAAGAUAACUGAGUGUCCAGAAUUAAAGUGGCUUCACUGUCUUGCACAAUUAGCUUCUCUUGAAGAAUUUGAAUUACGAAUGUGCCACAAAUUGGAGAAGGUAGAAGGCUUAGAACGACUGAGGUCAUUGGAGAAGUUGGAAGUACAUACCCGCAGGAAAGCGCCGCGUAUAGUAAGGCUUGGGCAGUGUGAGAGGUUGAAGUGGGUGGCAGUGGUAGCAAACGAGAGAGCAGUUGUUGAACCAUUAAAUUAA